AUGGCCAAACAACUCGCCACUCUUCUAUCAACAACGCUCAACCUAAUCGAGCAAUUCCAAGAAACUGUCUCGUCAUCCGUCCGCACCGACCAACCCUCUUCCAAAGAUGCCCAAGCCCUACCCCUCCUCUCCGCUUCGUCCACCGGUCUUAAAGCACAGGUGACGAAGCUGUCGCUUCUUACCAUUACCUCACCUUUCACCCACUCGGCUGUGACCGGUGUAUUGCGCGCUUGCAAUGACUCCGUCCUCCCUUCGCUGGUCACGGCAGCGAUGCUCGUGACGCCGGCGGAUUAUACAAAGGCGUUCCAGGCGGAGGUUUGUCUACUUGUGCGCGCGGCACUGAGUGAGCUCAAAGCGCUUGUUGUGCUUGUCAAGGAGGUUUUCGAGAAGAAAGAGAAAGAGAAAUUGGAGGAUCCGAAGAAGAAGGAAGGAGAAUUGGUGAAGAGUGAGAAGGAGGCUGUUACGCGUGCUACGGGGCGCGUGUGGGAUUCCUGUGAUGCUGUUGCGGAGGUUGCGACAAAGGGUGUUGUUGGUUUUGUUAUGCAUCGUGUUGAACAGUGGAGGGAUCUUGUAAGGGACGCCGUCCAGGAGAUUGAGGAUUGGGAUCCGGAGGAAGAGGAUGAUUCCUUUGAUGAUCUGAUGGAGGAUGAGGAUAAGGACGACGAUGAUGAUGACGAUGACGAAGAUGACGAAGAGGAUACUGCUGCGCUGAAGGAGCAGAAGACGAACACACUUCGUUUCCUGAAGCCUGUAGCUCAGGUCUACCCUUCCAUCGCUACCAAUCGGUUGAAGAAUGCUGGGGACGCGCCUUUGUCUUCAGCUGGCGGUGUCGCCAAAUUGGAGGCACUGAUGUUGAAUCUGCAAAGUAUACCAGAUCAGGUCGACGAGGCGGCGGGAGCCCUGUAUGAAGCCAACAUGGCCAAGUCGGCGAAGUUCUUGAAGAAGGCUCAGAAGCAUGCCGCGGAGGCUGUUGCAUCAGUCGCCUCGCCAUGGAAUGAGGUUGAAGCCGGGGACAAGAAAGUGAUGGACAAGUUUUCGAUCUGGUCGAGUGCGUGGUUCAAGGUCAUGGCUGAAGUGAGCAAGCCGAUCGAUGCGUUUGCAACUGCAUAG